GGUGACAUUGAGCAAUUAAGCAAUGAUAGAUACAAGAUCAAUGGCAAUAUCCACCAAGUUAACAAUGUGUCCGUACGAAUUACUGAAUUACCAAUUCGUGUAUGGACUCAAAACUACAAAGAAUCGCUUGAGCUGUGGAUAUCCGGAACAGAUAAAGUGCCAAGCUGGAUCCUUGAGUACAAAGAGGACCAUACAACGACCACCGUAGAUUUUACGAUAAAACUAUCGCAAACAAGUCUAAGAGAUUCUUUAGAAGAAGGACUUGAGAAACGAUUCAAGAUGAGCACGACCAUCGGAACGUCGAACAUGGUGUGUUUCGAUGGCAAGGGUC